GUCAUUUUGUAAGUGCUGUCCCAUGAAAAGAUAUACUUAAAUAUCUGCAGAAAUGCGAGGGGUGUACUCAUUUUUGUGAUACACUGUGCACUUGAUACCUGCACAAGGUAAAGGAUCACAAAACAAAGGUGGCUGACGAACAACAAAGCAAACAAAAAGCGACUCGAAAAUAUUAUGUGUCAAAUGGCGACCAGCAAGCUAACAUCUCGGCACCGUUGUCUUGGAUCGCUGGCGUUUAUAUACUACUGUUGAUCGCUGGAAUUAGCUGGCUCUGUAACAAAGCCAAUUCUAAUCAGCAGCAGAAUGUGACAACAUCUAAGAAUAGCUUAAAGCAAAACAUUGGACUCUACUCAUGGAACUUUCUGUGAGCCCUGAUCAAAAUCCUGUUGAACAUCUGUGAAAGGAGCUGACACAUGCAAUCUAGAGACAGCCCUCGUCAAACUUGAAGCAAUCUAGAGCAAUUGGCUCACGAAGAGGGUGUGUAUUGGUGAGUAUUUUGGUAUAAAGCAUUGCAACAAGAGGAAGCCCAAAAACUUCCUUUCAACUGAGAAGCGUGAGCAACACCAAAAGUGACGAUCUCAGACAUGGAUGACUAUAACUGGAACUACACCUUUCCAGACUUCUUCAAUUUCACAGUUUCCCCUGACAUCCAGAAGCCAAAGAUUCAGCCGAUCCAGAUCGUCGCACUGACCUUCUACGCCCUUGUUUUUUUGUUGGGUGUUCCUGGGAAUGCCAUAGUGGUAUGGGUGACCGGUUUCAAAAUGGCCCCUUCGGUCACAACCAUCUGGUUCCUUAACCUUGCACUGACUGACUUCCUGUGUUGCCUCUCACUUCCUCUUCUCAUGGUGCCUCUGGCCCAUGAUGACCAUUGGCACUUUGGCUCAAUGGCAUGCACAUUGAUCAAAGGCCUUUUCUUCUUGGUGAUGUAUUGCAGCAUCCUGCAACUCGUCUUAAUAAGUCUGGAUCGUUGGUUGCUGGUGGCCAGGCCUGUGUGGUGCCACAACAACAGGAGACUCAAGUUUGCUGUCCUGAGCUGUGUUGGAGUGUGGUGCCUGGCCUUAAUAGGUAGCAUCCCUCAAUUUAUAUACGCUCAGGAGAUUAAAGUGGGUGAGCAAAAGCACGAGUGUGUGAUUCUACUCACUUCACAAAGCGCCUGGCUCAUCACUCAAUUCCGCUUCGUGUUUGGAUUCAUCCUGCCAUUCUUGAUUAUCGUUAUAUGCCACUGGUUGGUCUACAGGAGAGCUGACAGUAAACGAGCAGACAACAGAAGACGCUCCAUGCGGAUGCUGAAGGUCAUCGUUGCCGUGGUGCUAAGCUUCUUUGUGUGCUGGCUGCCCCUGCACAUCGUCGACUUCUUAGUGUUGGUGACACCUCGAAAAUCACCUCAUAGCCCAUCUGUGUACCUGGCCCAUGUUUUGACGCUAUGCCUGGCGUACUUCAACAGUUGCCUCAACCCACUCCUUUACGUAUGUCUGGGAAGAGGCUUCAAAAACACCAUGAAUCGCUCCUUAUGCAACAUCUUACACUUACUCGGCGAAGACAAUGUAUCCAAGAAAAGCACUGGUACUCGUGAAACCAAAGCCACAAGCUCCUCAGAAAAGGCGAUGACUAACGUGUGACGGGGGUAAACAUGACAUUGACAUGAAGAGGUCGACACUUUCUUCCUUUAAUUUACUAUACUGAACAAAUACUGUAUUAGGGCUGUAUUUUGGGGAACGCACUAUAUUUGGUCAUUGACCCCACAUGUCUCACUAUUUCUUGAAUUGAUGAAUAGAACGAUGUGAUUAUAUUCUAGUGAAAAAUAUAACCUGUAUUAAAGAAAAAAAAAAUAAUUAAGUGUUAUGUUAAAAAUGUGGUCAUACACAAUAUUUUUCUGCCAGUUUCUGUCCCAGAUCGGGGCAAAAUUGAGUAUUAGACCUUGAAACUGCUUGUGUGUAAAGUCAUAAUUAAAUACAACAAAAGAAAAAUGUACAAUAUUUUUACAGCUUCUUUGCUCAUUCAUACAUUUUGUAAACUGUCAAUUUACUAAAGUAAACAUAAAAUAAGAUUGAUAUAUGUAUAAUCACUUAUUUUUUUUCUGAUGACAAAAGUAACAAAGGUGCCCAGAUUUUUCAUGAUGUCACGUAUAUUUCAAAAAGUACUAAUUAAAGUUUGAUGCUUCCUUAAUACAAGCCAGAUAAUUUCAUAUUAAAUCACUUGCUUUAUUGCUGAUUAUUUUGUGUUACAGCAACAUUUUCCCCCCGUUUGUGUGAGAUUAUUUCUAAUCUGCUGGAGCAUAAAGUGUUUUCUUUCUCCAUUUCAGUUUUAGUUCUAUAAGUUUGUUGCCAAAGUGACAAUAUACCCAAAAAACAUAAUUUAAUUAAACAGUAAGAUCUGUUGUAUUGAAACAGUUGAGAAAGAAAUUAGCUAAUGAAUGGAACAUUAACAUUGCUCCUUGUAUGUGUUUUUCUUUAAAGAGUGCAUGACAAGUUUUGAGAUUGCCACAGGAUAUGUGUCAUCGCUGCAAUACUUACAUCAUAUACUGCGCCUUUACUACUAAUAAUAGGAAAUUUGAGAAUGUCAAGCAUUUUCACUUCACUUAUUCUUAAUUAUAAAUAACGUGUAGGUAUUUCAGUUCACCAAGAUACCGGUAUUAACAUACAUAACAUAAACGCAACAAACAUGACAUAAAGACUAGCCAAAUGUCAAUAUACUGUAGCAACGACCAAAAGGUUUGCAUUUUAUUAAAAAUUACAUUCAUUCCAUAAAAGGCCACAUCAUGGAUAUACACUCCGUUACAUAUUUACAAAUGUGUAAUAUUGUGUGUAUCCCUGUGUUUCAAUUGCUGCAUCCGUGCCUUUUAAAUGACUUGCUAUGAUAACUAGCUGGUCCAACAGCACCUGAUAAAAAAUUGAGACAGUCAUCAAUGUCAUAGUGCAACAAACGGGAAAUUUUUGUGUGUGAAUUCUUAAUAAUCUGGCAAGAAGCAUGUUAGUAUCUUAGAAACGUAUAGCAUCAUUUUGUUUUAUCAUGAGUGUCAGACUUCUUGUACAACUUAACAGUGAAAUUAUACUUAUUAAAAAAAAAAAGAAAAAAAAAAAAACACUUUUUACUGUAUCGCGUAUCUUUUUAGUGCACAGAGGCAUAUCCCGAUUGACUUUGGGCAAGAGGCUGUGUACAAACCUGGACUGGUUGCCAGCCAGUCACAGGGCACAAAUGAACAUUUAGUAUAUUUACGUCCAAGGCAAAUAGGGACAACUUUACAUAUUCACUCAGGCUCCUGUGCACGUUUGCUUGUUUAUUUAUUUAUUUAUUUUUUAAAUGUGAGAAAAAAGCCAGAGGAUACGGAAAAAAUCCCCUCAAGCACAAGGUGCAAACUCAAAACAGGAAGGCCAGGGACUGGUUUCAAACCAUUACCUCAUAACUGCAAGGCAGAUGUGCUCACCACUCACCCCCCUCCCAUGAUUACUAUUAUUACAUUUUGUAUUGAAAGUCUACUAAAUUAUCAUGAGAACAUUCCCAAUAAAGACAGACUGCUUAAACUUUCCUGCCCUGACCAUAAUUUAUGAGGUGAACAAAAUGCAAACACCCAAAAAUUGUAGUUAUUAUUUCAUUUGAGCUCUAGUUUGUGUCAUAAUAAAUCUCCUAUUUUGAAUUUUAAGUCAAAACAGAGCAUAUUUUCAGGCUUUUACUGAAGUCAUUGUCAAGAUUAAACUUAUGUAUGACUUUAAGAGACAAUUGUUUGCAAGUCAUUUUAUACAGUACUGUGCAAAAAGACUCAGGCCAUCCUUUACAGUUUUUGUUCCAUUGGAUCUACAGUGGGGCAAAUAAGUAUUUAGUCAACCACCAAUUGUGCAAAUUCCCCUACAUGAAAAGAUUAGAGAGCCCUGUAAUUGUUAAAAUGGGUAAACCUCAACCAUGUGAGACAGAAUGUGGAAAAAACCCCCCCUGAAAAUCACAUUGUUUGAUUUUCAAAGAAUUUAUUUCCAAAUUAGAGUGGAAAAUAAGUAUUUGGUCACCUACAAACAAGCAAGAUUUCUGGCUGUCAGAGGUCUAACUUCUUCUAACGAGGUCUAACGAGGCUCCACUCGUUACCUGUAUUAACUGCACCUGUUUUAACUCAUUAUCGAUAUAAAAGACACCUGUCUACAACCUCAGUCAGUCACACUCCGAACUCCACUAUGGCCAAGACCAAAGAGCUGUCGAAGGACACCAGAGACAAAAUUGUAGACCAGCACCAGGCUGGGAAGACUGAAUCUGCAAUAGGUAAAACGAUCUGGGGCUCCAUGCAAGAUCUCAACCCGUGGUGUCAAUAUGAUACCAAGAACAGUGAGCAAAAAUCCCAGAACCCCACAGGGGAACCUAGUGAAUGACCUACAGAGAGCGACCACAGUAACAAAGGCUACUAUCAGUAACACAAUGCGCCGCCAGGGACUCAAAUCCUGCACUGCCAGACGUGUCCCCCUGCUGAAGAAAGUACACGUCCAGGCCCGUCUGCGGUUCGCUAGAGAGUAUUUGGAUGAUCCAGAAGAGGACUGGGAGAAUGUGUUAUGGUCAGAUGAAACCAAAAAAGAACUUUUUGGUAGAAACACAGGUUCUCGUGUUUGGAGGAGAAAGAAUACUGAAUUACAUCCGAAGAACACCAUUCCCACUGUGAAGCAUGGGGGUGGAAACAUCAUGCUUUGGGGCUGUUUUUCUGCAAAGGGACAAGGACGACUGAUCUGUGUGAAGGAAAGAAUGAAUGGGGCCAUGUAUGGAAAGAUUUUGAGUAAAAAAAAUCUCCUUCCAUC